AGUAGCUGCCUGGACGCGUGAGCUGAGGGGGAAGCUGCUAGUUCCUAUUAAUGUUUAUCUGCAGUUAUAGCGUAUGUUGUUGGUUGUGAGGAGGGUUUCUGAUAAAUGUAACCACUAGCCUUUUGUGUGUCCUCCGUUUUUAGACAAGAAGACGCGUUCACGGUACUAAGUAUGUGACAUAGUGAGAUCCCUUCUGUGUUGGCCUCUUACCAAGUCAGUCAGCAGAAAGAGGAGCUUUGCGGUCGUCAGCUGGUGCAGGAAAAAGUCCUUCCAAUGUCUUUAGUGGAGGAUAUUCUGGAUGUGCUGCGCAUCGUCCUGGAGUACUUUGGAGUGCCUCCAGACAUGCUGGUUCCAGUGUGGGACAGUCAGCUGUGCGGUCAGUAUCGCAGCAUUGUGCGGAUGAUCGGGACAAAUCUCCCACUGACACCUACACCACGUGUCCACUUUCAGAUCCCUCUGCUCACCUGUAGGCCCCACGGAUAUGUGGAUGUCACCGUGGACACGCCUGCCAUCCCCUCAUUCGCAGACGUCAUGUGGGUGUUUGAGGAUGAGGGGGACAGCUUUGCCAAGACCAGGAAUCAUUUACCUCCAAACAAGCGAAGUACUGUAAGUCGAGAUGUGGUGAGAUUCCCAGGACCGGCCCUGAAUCACACCCAGAGGGGAUUCAGACCUGUGAGACAGACACCUGAUCCAGACGCCCUGAAGAAGAUCACAGCACUGGAGAGCGAGCUCCUCAAACUACGAGCACAGAUAGCCAUGAUUGUUACCACCGCUCCAGCUUCAGGUCAGAAUACCCCGGGCAGACCUUUGAUGUCUCCGCCAGCUCUCACCUCCACGCCUCGCUGUGCUGCUCCUCCACCACCGCCUCCACCUCCUCCUCCUCCUCCUCCUCCCUGCUCUGACUCCUCCACUGAGACUUUGUCUGUACUAGACCUUAUACGCCAGCGCAGGAAGACAGAGAAAGACCCGGAUAAGGGUCAGCUCAAGCCCCAGGGCUCAGGCCUUGGCAGGGGCUCGGACGUUAAAGGGAUGCCCUCCAUGCUGGACGUUCUCAAGGAUUUGAAUCAAGUUAAACUGCGCUCAGUGGAGAGGUCACCGGGGGGCACACCCAUCAGGAGGAGGCGCAGUAAGGGAGGAACAGCGUUGCUUAAUGACCCUGCAGCUCUUAUUGCAGAAGCUCUAAAGAGAAAGUUCGCCCAGCAUCGCCAUAACAAUUCCUCUGACAAAGAAAAUUCACUAGACCUCUCACCCUUCAGCAGUCCGGAAACACCAAAGGUUCCUCACCACGCCAGGCGCAGUCAGGGACGCCUCCACCCGUUAUCCCGUUAAAUGAGAAGUCCUGACCCCAAAAGGUCAAACGUUAGUUAUCCCAUGAGCCCAAUCUCAGCUCCUACAGAUGUGCCUCACAGAUGGAUUACUGCUGCAGCUGCUGGCGUACAUUUCAUUACUGUUUGUCUUUUCUUUUGUUCUUGUAAGAGUGUUUGUCUCACAAUGAACAAAGUGUUUGUUACUGUUGAGUUUUUCUUUGUUGGGAGGUUUGAAUGUAUAUUUUUGUCAAAGCUUAUGCUGUAAACAAGGAUUUUGGUACUGUCGUUUUUGUGUUUUGUAAACCGGAGUCUCCAGUGUUAUUCUUGGUGAUGCCUUUAUGUGCAAAAGUCCUUUAAAGGAAAAAAUGUAUUUAAGCAGGUAUGCGCUGUAGCUGGUAUCUACCUGCUUUCAUGUUUCUAAAAUCACUUUGUGAGGCUUUAAGUCUCACCUCAACCAAGUGAAAUGAAUAACAACGUUUUGAGAUUUAAAUAACUCUAUUCUAUGCAACUGCUAUUUCAGGUUGUUUUAUUUUAUUAAAGUGUUCAAGUGCACUGACCAA